AUGACCGUCCCUGGGGUGGGGGUGCGGUCAGCCGAGCUGCUCGAUGGGAGGCCGCACAGUGCUUUAACCUGGGGCCGCGCCGAGCACUCCACAGCUUGGGCCUCCCUCCAGGGUCUCCCUCCACCCCCACGGGCCCAGGAAAGCCGCCCCCCACCCCCCGACCCUUCCCGAGCUUUCCCGAGGGAGGCCACGAGCUUGCCCCAGAGCGUUUCCAAGAGGCGUCCGAAGGCACCCGACUCGUCGCCCGUUCCGGAAAGAGCCGAAGCGCCUCCCCAGCCCCCCGCCCCCUCCUUACUCCCCGCCUCCCCGAGCUCCUCCGAAAAGGCCCGAAGUUUGCCGAGCGGCCGUCCUGCCGGACUGCUGGAGGCGGCCGCAGCGCCAUGUUGGAUGCUCAGCUCGUUGAGUGAAGAAAAUCCGCCGGCAUCGCCCGAGUUCCGCUCCCCCGAAGGGCGCCGUUUCCCCCGGGGAGGGGGAGAGAGACCCCCCGCCGCCGGCCCAUGAGGAUAUUGCCGUGAAAGGCUCGGCGGCGGCGGCAGCGGCGGGAGGAGCAGCGGCAGGAGCAGGGGGAGCGGGAGCACCCGGCCCCGGCGGCCCCGGCGGCCCCGCAGGACCCGGAGGACCCGGCCCCGGCACCCCCGGAGCGGCGGCGGCGGCGGCA